AUGCAGGAUCCCUUGGAGUCCUUCUUCAACUCGAUGCGCGCCGCUGAGUGCGGCUUCAGACGGGCCGUGAAGGAUGUUGAAUUCCAGUGGCGGGCUCCCCGUCGGGGCGGCCAUCGCGUAGGUUUCUUCAGUCAACGGAAGGAGGUGCCUCAGUUGGCGGAGGAGGCAGAACAGGGCUGGGAUAUGACUGUUCCCGCCGAGGAGGUGACCGGGAAAUGGUCACUCGCUGUUUUCUCUGCUCCGAUCGAAUCUCUACCGUGGAGAAACGUCCGUAGGAGCGAGGAGACGAAGAGGGCGCCGACACGGGGUGAUGUUUCAGGGGAGGACAGUGGCUGGUGCUCGUUCUGCGUGGAACUUCCGGCGGCGCUGUCUUUCUUCCUCGACGGGUUUCAAUUACCGAGAAAACACGUCCGGAAGCGCUCUGCCAUGGAAGACGGCCAUCGGCAUCAUCUUGGCUUAAGAGCCAAUGGCGAAGGUUCAGAUGGGAAGUGUAGUGUGGAUAAUCGGCAUAAAAGGAAACCAGUAACUCCAGGAUUCCUGACGAGCUGGCUGCUCGAGAAUUUGCUGCGGAAGCUUUAUAUGCUCGAUCAGAACAUCCAAGAUGGUGGGGCUAAGCCCUCCGGGACACCAGCUUCUUCGGAGCCUCUUCCAGAUGAUCAUCUGAAGAUAAUAACAGGCAUUAUAGAACGGAAAAAGUCGGAUGUGGGCGGCUUCCUGUCGCACAUGAGUUUUGCCAGAGUCGGAGGACUGCCGGCGACCCUUGCCGGAUUUACCGUUCCUAUCAAGGGUGUGGCUCGGCAUCAUCCCUCCAACAGCGGAAGGGAUGAACCAGAGACCAAUUCGGUGCAAAAGCUCACGCGUGAACUGUUAAGCAUCCCCUUGUCGAACGUUGAGCGCUGGCUAUCCACAGUCUCCACUGUUUCUCUGGCGGGGCUCGUAGAGUUUCUGCCCCAAUUGAGGCGAUCCUCUAGGGAACAUCCCGACAAGAAGAAGCUAAUAUCCGUUCAGGACUUUUUCAGGUACACGGAGACGGAAGGUAUGGCAAUUACUUCUGUCGUAUGCUCUCAGUGCAUUUGGAAGAUAACAAGAAUUUAACAGUUUCAUUGUUCUACGAUAUCUUCUGUAUGGUAAUCUUGUUGAAUUAUUAGCCCCUGCUUUUCAACUUUCUUCAUGUUUGUUGACUUUUGAUUCAGAAAAUGCAUGUGCGCAUGUUUUCUUCCAUUCUGUUCCCUGUGAUCAAUGCUCUAUAUUAGCUUUUUUGCCUGGGCCUACUUUGCUUGAAAGACACUAUUUUUUCCUCGUCAUGAGAUAUCUUACGGACUAAUCUUAGUAGAUUAAGCCUGCUGAUGCUUACAUGAUAUAAAGCUUUCAACCUUCAUGGUGUAUGUCUUCGAGGAAGAUAUUAUAUUUUAUCGUCAUUAUUUUUCUUUCAGAGAAUGGGAUGAAGAAACAAUGUCAGAUUAUGUUUGUCUCCAGUAAUUCAACCUCAUGACAGUAUGUUAGGAUAAACCUAAAGGGUGACGAGAUAAAACUAUUAUCCUACCCGUUCGAAAGGUCCUUUAAAAUCCAUGAUCUUGAUCACACAUAUUACAUUGAGCGAAUGGCAUCGUAAAGAAUUUUUUUUGAAAUUUAUAAGGAAAGCAUUUUUUCUUCAGGUUCCUCUGUUAUCUUCAUAUAAGAUUAGUGCGAGGGUGACAUUUUGAACAGCAUCUUAUUCUUUUAUUUAGCUUGUGCAUUUUUUAGUUAAAUUGUUGUAUUAUAAACUCAUAAUUCGCUUGACGGAAGUUUGGGGGGGGGAAUACGAAGAGGUCCGCUUGAGCAUGAAACUAGUAAACCUAUAUUAUUAUCAUAUUCAAUAAAAUAAAAUAAUUAAGUAAUAAUGAUCUUUGAAGUGCCAACUAUAAUGUCACUGUUCUAUUCAUGUCAGAAUGGGACUCAACCUCUUUUUGUAUCAUUUUCUCUUUCGCUGAUUGUAAUUACAUGACGACAGGAAGACGAUUCUUUGAGGAAUUGGAUAGGGACGGUGAUGGGCAAGUAACACUUGAAGAUCUAGAGAUUGCCAUGAGAAAGAGAAGGCUCCCUCAGAAAUAUGCUCGGGAAUUCUUGCGACAGACCAGAAGCCACAUGUUUUCAAAGUCAAUUAAAUGGAAGCAGUUUCUGUCUCUACUGGAACAGGAGGAGGCCACCAUCCUCCGAGCCUAUACUACCCUUUGCUUGAGCAAGUCGGGGACAUUAGAAAAAAGUCAGAUUAUGACCACACUUAAAAGCGCAGGACUUCCUGCCAAUGAAGACUCUGCUGUUGCCAUGAUGCGCUAUUUGAAUCCAGACACUCACGGGUCAAUCUCCUACAGCCAUUUUCGAAAUUUCAUGCUUCUUCUUCCCUCAGAGCGCCUUGAAGACGACCCUAGGUAAAUGGUAUUUCUUGACCGGCUAACUUGCAUCAUUCAUUUCUAAUGUCUUACCAAUGGCAGUAUUCCUAUAUGUUGAGAUGUAUUCGUAAAUAUUCUGAUCCGUGGAAUUUUAUUUUGUCUAUUUUAUUACUUUAAUAAUACGCCAAUGGCUUCGAAUUAUGUAGUAUUGUUUUUAUCAUAAGGCUACACUGUAAGUGUGAUUAUUUUUGAAGUCUUAGUUCAACUGACUGUAUUAAUAAAUAAAUUUUGAUCCAUAAAGAGUAUUUCUCCUCAGAACCAGUUCAUACCUGCUAUUAUUUUCAUUUCUAGUCUCUAUAAUUAUUUUUCUUACUGUUAUUUUUCUCUGUAUUUCUAAGGGACAAUUAGCUAUCUCGAUUCCUCUCACUUCAUAGGUAGCCGUUGGAUUCCAGAAAUUUAACCAUUAAUUACGUUCUAAUAUAGUUGAAACAGUCUUAUCUGAAGUCAGGCAGUCAUGGGUAUGUUUAACGGUUUUCUUUCACGGAGAUUAAUUUCUAGCGCAUCGAAUUUUCACCUACAGGAACGUCUGGUUUGAAGCUGCGACGGUGGUUUCUGUCCCCCCUCCCAUGGCGAUUCGUGCUGAAAGUGUAUUGAAGUCUGCUUUAGCAGGUGGACUCGCUUCUGCGCUUUCAACUUCCCUACUGUACCCUGUGGACACUAUGAAGGCAAGCCUCCCCGUUUUUUACCCUGGUUCCCGUACUUCUUCUAUUUUAUUUUCUAAUUAUGCAAGGCAGAACAGAUUGACGAAAUAAGAGAGGAAAAGGCAUUUUAUUUUCUAAUUCUGUCACGCUAUUUGGAUCACUGAUUAGCUUGUAUCUCGAGGAAGCCAUUUAUUUUGGUAUUCUAAUCUUUUAUCUCGUAUGUCAGUUUUUGUCAAAAGUAUCAUAUCAAGGCAUAGUUUCUAGCUUUGAAAAACCAAAUCUCCUGCUGAAGUAAGAUCAUCCGAGUCUCUGUCAAAUCUACCAGUACUGGAACUUUCCAAAUACCUGUUCUAGAAAUCAGCUCGGUUGCUACUUCUCCACACCCACUUUGUAGGCGUUGAUGGUUUCCAUUGAUGUUCUAUGGGGAGGUCUUGAUGGACAAUACGAGAUAUGAACGCUUUAGAUUAUAAGGACUAGUAAUAGUGACAGAUCUAAUGUGCCAUUUAAUGUUAGAUCUUCUGUCUCAAGCUCUCUGUUGAGUGUCUUCAUGCGUAUUGAGUGUUAGAUUUUCUGGCCGGCGGUUAAGGUGACAUGAUGUUAAAAUAUCAGACGAGGGUACAAGCAUCGACUCUCUCAUUCCCAGAACUCGUUUCAAGGCUUCCACAAAUUGGGCUACGAGGGUUAUACAGAGGCUCUGUGCCAGCUAUUCUUGGGCAAUUCUCAAGGUCUUCUUCUUCUGUAGCAUCGACUAAUUUUCUAUAUUUGGUGGCAUAAAUUCACGUGGCUGAAUCCUUUUCUGCUUAUGAUGGCAACAGCCACGGGCUACGGACGGGGAUCCUUGAAGCAAGCAAGCUUCUGUUGAUAAAUGUUGCCCCUUCACUUCCAGAAAUUCAGGUGAUAAUCGUGCCUUAAGUUGCUGUUCUAAUUCUCUGACUACAGGUUUGCUUUAUUAUGUGCGCAUUUUCUUCCCUAAUUGGAUUCAAGAUAAGUUGACUUCUAUUUUUAGUUAAUUUUCUUUAAGAAUAACCAAAGAAUCUGCGUUUUCUUGGGGAAAAAAUCGAUUCUUUCACUCUUGUUCAUCUGACCCAAAUGCGAUAAUCUGAAACUUUAUUCACAGUUUUUUUCCCUGUUAAAUACGUUUUCAUUAAAUAAAUUGGUCUCUAGACGGCUUCAUAUAAUCACUGCUUAAUCAUUGAAUCUGCCCGACUUUCUUUUUAAAAACAUUUAGCAAUUUAUUACCCUGUAUAAAUUACGUCUUUUAUUUUAUUAAGUUCUAUUUUUUCCCCAAAUUCCCUCCUGAACAAAUUUUCGAGAUUUUUUUUUAAGUACCAAAUAAUUAAAUCUGUUAAUCAUCAGACCUCUUAAAAUUAAUUAAUUUAUUCAAACUCUGGCACUGGCCAGAUGUCUGUGGCUCAUUCUGUCUCGGCCAUAAAAACUGAUAGCUGAGAGGAAAUCUGUGCGGUGUGUGUCACAGGUGCAGUCCCUAGCGUCCUUCGGCAGCACCGUCCUUGGAACGGCGGUGAGGAUUCCGUGCGAGGUUCUGAAGCAAAGGCUGCAGGCCGGCCUCUUCGACAACGCCGGCGAGGCCAUCCUCGGCACCCUCCACCGAGACGGCCUCGGUGGCUUCUUCCGCGGCACCACCGCCACCCUCUGCCGGGAGGUCCCUUUCUACGUCGCCGGCGUCGGCUUCUACACCGAAGCCAAGAAGGUCUUUCUCUCUGUCUCUUUCUCUCUCUCGGUGGGCUGGGUUAAGUGGAUAACUCAAAAUCCCAAUGGCUUUGAUUUGUUCGUACCAUUCUGUCAUCUAUCACUUGCAGGGUCGGUUUGUGAGUCACCCAAACUCUCUCUCUCUCUCGCUGUCUGUCUUUAUUGAAUCUCGGAUGGUCUUUCUGAUGGGUUCAGGCGACUCAGAAGAUGCUGGAACGUGAGCUGGAGCCGUGGGAGACGAUCGCCCUGGGGGCUCUCUCCGGCGGGCUCGCCGCCGUGGUGACGACGCCCUUCGACGUGAUGAAGACGAAGAUGAUGACGGCCCCCGAGGGGCUUCCCCUCUCCAUGUCCGCCGUGGCCCUCGCCGUCCUCCGCCACGAGGGCCCUCUCGGCCUCUUCAAGGGGGCCGUCCCCCGCUUCUUCUGGAUCGCCCCCCUCGGCGCCAUGAACUUCGCCGGCUACGAGCUCGCGAGGAAGGCCAUGGACAAGUCCUGA